CCCCCAAACCCCGCCGCUCCCCCCAAACCCCGCCGCUCCCCCAGCCCCGCGCUCCCCGCGCUCGCCCCACGGAUCGUCCCCGGCCCCGCGAUGCGCUCGCAGCGGGGCCCGCUCCCGUAGCCCUGCGGCUGGCGGGGCCCCUCGGGAAGUUUGAUGGCUUCUCUGAGGAGAGUCAAAGUCCUGCUGGUGUUGAACCUCAUCGCCGUGGCUGGCUUCGUCCUCUUCCUGGCCAAGUGCAGACCCAUCACGGCCAAGAGCGGAGACUCCUUCCAUGACAUCCAUCCCAGGGCAGAAGUGGCCAACUCGACAGCCCACGGCGGCAGCUCCAUCCAGGAUGCGGUGCUGAAGAGGCUCUCGCUCCUAGAAGACAUAGUCUACAGGCAGCUGAAUGGUCUGUCCAAGUCACUUGGUCUCAUUGAAGGCUAUGGGGGGCGUGGGAAGGGUGGCCUUCCAGCCACCCUGUCCCCUGAGGAGGAGGAGAAGGCCAAGGGACCCCAUGAGAAAUAUGGCUACAACUCCUACCUCAGUGAGAAAAUCUCUCUGGAUCGCUCCAUCCCGGAUUAUCGGCCGACCAAGUGCAAAGAGCUGAAAUAUGGCAAGGACCUGCCCCAGAUCUCCAUCAUCUUCAUCUUCGUGAACGAGGCGCUCUCGGUGAUCCUGCGCUCCGUGCACAGCGCCGUGAACCACACCCCAGCUCACCUCCUCAAGGAGAUCAUCCUCGUGGAUGACAACAGUGAUGAAGAGGAGCUGAAGGCACCGCUCGAGGAGUACGUGAACAAGAGGUACCCGGGGCUGGUGAAGGUCGUGCGCAACCAGAAGAGGGAAGGGCUGAUCCGAGCCCGGAUCGAAGGCUGGAAAGCUGCCACGGGCCAGAUCACGGGAUUUUUUGAUGCCCACGUGGAGUUCACUGCUGGCUGGGCCGAGCCGGUGCUUUCCCGGAUCCAGGAGAACCGGAAGAGGGUCAUCCUGCCCUCCAUCGACAACAUCAAGCAGGACAACUUCGAGGUGCAGCGCUACGAGAACUCUGCCCACGGGUACAGCUGGGAGCUGUGGUGCAUGUACAUCAGCCCCCCCAAGGACUGGUGGGACGCUGGGGACCCCUCCCUGCCCAUCAGGACCCCAGCCAUGAUCGGCUGCUCCUUCGUGGUGAACAGGAAGUUCUUCGGGGAGAUCGGGCUCCUGGACCCCGGCAUGGACGUGUACGGAGGGGAGAACAUCGAGCUGGGCAUCAAGGUGUGGCUGUGUGGGGGCAGCAUGGAGGUCCUGCCCUGCUCCAGGGUGGCCCACAUCGAGCGCAAGAAGAAGCCCUACAACAACAACAUCGGGUUCUACACCAAGCGCAACGCGCUGCGCGUGGCCGAGGUGUGGAUGGACGACUACAAGUGGCACGUCUACAUCGCCUGGAACCUGCCCCUGGAGAAUCCGGGCAUUGACAUCGGGGAUGUUUCGGAGAGAAAAGCGUUAAGGAAGAGCCUGAAGUGCAAAAAUUUCCAGUGGUACCUGGACCACGUUUAUCCAGAAAUGAGGAGAUACAACAACACCAUUGCUUAUGGAGAGCUCCGAAACAACAAGGCCAAGGAUGUGUGCCUGGACCAGGGCCCUCAGGAGAACCACACAGCAAUACUGUACCCCUGCCAUGGCUGGGGCCCUCAGCUGGCACGUUACACCAAGGAGGGGUUCCUACACCUGGGCGCCCUGGGCACCACCACCCUUCUCCCGGACACCCGGUGCCUGGUGGAUAACGGGAAGAGCCGCUUCCCGCAGCUCCUGGACUGUGACAAGGUCAAGAGCAGCCUCCACAAGCGCUGGAGUUUCAUCCAGAACGGUGCCAUCCUGAACAAGGGCACGGGGAGGUGCCUGGAGGUGGAGAACAGGGGAAUGGCUGGGAUUGAUCUGAUCCUUCGCAGCUGCACAGGACAAAGGUGGACAAUUAAAAAUUUCAUCAAGUAAAGGCUGAAAGAGUCAGGGGAGUGUGACUGCAACCACAGCUGACCUGGACUGACCCGACAGGACUCCUUUGGAAAGGAUGGAAUAUCGAAACAGAGCUUUAUUCAUGUUAUCAGGAGAGGACAUGGGGGAAAAAUGGGCAUUGCUGUCUUUCUUUUAUUGUGCUGUAGUCUCCCCCAGCUGAUUCCAGCUGUGUGAAAUGGGGGCAGAACUGCUGUUUCCUGCUGCAGAGCACUGGGGAAGGUGCCACUUGUUGCUGCUGGGACGACUGGAAUGAGCUCCUGCAGCCCUGGGAGCGUCGUACUGGCAGGGAAUGGUUGCUUUCCCAGACAACUCCAAGCCCUCCCAAAGGGCUGGGUAGGUCGAGGGUCACCCACCCUGGAUCCACAAGGGUAAAAACGUGGUGUGCAUGUGAGAGGAAAAUGGUCACCAGGAAAAUCUGGUCACCAGGAAAAUCUGGUCACCAGGUCCCAGAUGAGAGGAGGUUGAAGGAUGUGGUGUUUCGCUGGGUCUUUGCUCUCUUUUCCCUUCCUUGCCCCCGCAUCCAGCAGCCCCUUUCCCUGAGUGCUGGAGAAACAAAACACACCCUUCAUCCCCCCAGCCCUUAAUCUCAGAAAUGCCACUGAAUAAACCCACUGAUCUCCCAUUCCCCCCCUCCCUCACCCACGUGUUGUUGGCCAAGCCCUGAGCAGCACCAGUCCCUCCUGUGGAGACCCCAAAUUCCCCUUGGGAACGAUGUGGGAUGUCUGCCUGCCUUCUGGGGACAUCAGGAAUGGUGGUCUCCCCAACUCUGUAGUGGUGUUCUCUUCCUCAGGCUGCAGCACCCCUGUCCUGCCUGCUCCACGUGGGACCCUGGUCAGGAUCCUCCCCAAACCCUGCUCGUCACUUCAGACCUUCCCGAGCCCUGGAAGGAGCAGAGAGGGAGGGCAAGAGACCAAACCAAUGGCACUUCGACUGAAAUUCUGGACCUUAAAGUCACUUCAGGCUUGUUAACGUGGUGGACUGGUCUCACAAUAAUUUUGGCUGCCAAAUCUUGGCUCCCAAACCCCCCCAGUCGUCACGGGAGACCGUUGUUUGUGUGGGGCCCUGGGGUCUGGCUGACCUGGAAAAGGGAAACGUGGUCCUGCACAGCUGCUGUGCAUGGAUGGACAAUGGAUGGACACAGGCCUGGCUCAGCAGAGAGGAGAAGCCAGUCCAUCUCCUGUCCUUCUCACAGAAUAAUACUCUUCCUGGUUGCCCUCUGGCUAGGGUGCACUAAAAUAUAUUAAUAUAUGAGAUGUAUGUGUAAAUAUGGUUCCCAAAGGUGGGAUGUGCACAGAGUUGUUUGCUGCAGAGCACUCAUGCCUGUCUUCCAUUUGCAUCAGGAUGAAGCUACCUGGAUGUUUAAUGAGUUUAAUUUUCAAUGCCAUGCAGCGGGUUUAUAACUGAUGUUUUAGUAAUUUAUUGAACAGAAGCAGAUAUAUUUCAUUGUUCCUUCUACAGCAACAUAGGACUGAUUGUUCAUUUAGGCUUUACAGGACUCCCCCAAGCACUGGGGUUGUCCCUGAUUAUUUCCUUUGCCUUCCUUAAUGAACUAAAACCUCUUAGUUGUCCUGAACUGCAAAGUAGGGAGUCAAUGUGGAAUUUUGCUCUCCUCCUUCACUGUUGCAUCAUCUCUCGUGUGAUAAAUCUCAGCCCUUACCAACCCGAUAUGAUCACAAAUCUUUAGAUGCAUGAUCUGUUUUCCCCCUUCCAUUUGUUGCUGCCUUCUAAGAAAAGCAAUUUCCUGCUGAAAUGGACUCUAGGCCAGUCUGGGGGGUUGGUCAAACUGGUAAAAAGCCCUUUAACCGAGCAAUCAGUUUGCUGUCAGUCACCAGCGGCAGCCACAUAUUGGUCAGAGGAGGGAAAAGCCUGCAUGUUUCAGGAUAAACAAUCAAAAACGUUGUAAAACUCCUAGUUCCCAGUCCAGCUCGAGUCCUGCCAGGGCCCAGGGCACCAGCAGAUGGGCUUUGUCACAUUUAAUCGUGGUGGGAUGAGGUGCCACCCCCCAGCCCUCCGUCUGCCCCGCUGCUGGCGGCUCCCGCCCCGUCACCGGCAGCACCACUGAAUGUGUGGCCUCACCUCAGCUCCCAUCCCUGGCAGGAGCUGCUCCAGGUGCCAGGCAGGAGGGACUGGCUGUGUUUAGCUCUCUGGAUGGUCACCACAGCCCCUCUGGGAUGUCCCUGUGUCCAGCAGCCCCUGGCAGAGCAUCUCCCGGUGCCAUCAGUGCCGUCCCUGCGCUCCGGUGGCACAAGGUGAGGAUCCUGUUGGUGAUGAGCUCUUUGAUCCUUUAUUAAGGUUCAUGGAUGCCUUUUCUUCGUGCUCCAUGUGGAAAACAACCCCCUAAACUCUCCACAAGGACGGGGAAGCUGGAAAUGAUCCCUCAGAUGGGGCAGAGCCCCCACUGAGGUGUUUGCCCCUUGUCGCUGCUGUAAUCGCAGCCUUCAGUGACUGAGAAGAAUCAGGAAGAUCAGCACGAGCAAAAAGAGGAAUGAAAGGGAGAAUUUCAUCUGCUGUGUCCGUGUAAGUGAAAUUCUGACACUGGUUUGUGACAUGCAGAGGUGAUUGCUGAGGCCACGGCCCAAGGUCUGCACCCUCCGAAAACGUAGGAAUCUGUCUUAGAAAUCUGGGUCUAAUUGUUGCAUCUUGGCUUAUCUCUAAUAAUAUGUUAAUUGCUUUAAGAAGUGAUAUCCAAGUGAUUCUUAUUAAAUAUAUUAUUUGA